AUGAGACCCUACUUAUGGUACAGAGAUAAAGAUAGUUUGAACUUGGGUGGAGUUUGCCGCUAUACUAUAACAUAUACCCUGAUUGAUCCAAAUAAAAAGGAAAUAUAUUACCGCCUUAAAAAUAUUGAAAGAGCAUCCAUUCGAGCAAUUCAUUUACUAAAUGGACCCUUUAUUUUAUAUUGUCACGUAAUACCACAUAAUUAUGACCAUCUUAAAGAAUUCAAUCCGAGUGAUUCUGAAGACAACAAGGAGGUCAUAUUUGAAAAUGAAAUAAAGCCAGGCCAAACUUUUAAUGUAAAGCUUAAAUUAAAUGAGAAUUCAUAUGUGAAAGAUUCGGAAGAUGGAUACCCCAUAUACCUGUGGUCCAUAGAUGUUAUUUCACAGAUUAUUAUAACGACUAAAACUGUUAUAAUGUAUGAUUUUAUGAUUGGUGAUGAUUUCAAAGCUAUGAAAAGAAUAAACCAUGGUCCGUUUCCGAGCUCUUUGACCUCUGUAGGUAAUAAGGAUUUUAGCUAUAGAGAUAGCGAAGCGACCUUGGGGGUAUCAGUGAAUCCAAAAUUGAACGUAAAGAAGCAAAACACUAAGGAUUUGUGGACAAAUGAGCCCAAAUAUCCAGAAAUGCCUGUGCAUUUAAUAAUACUUACUCACGGUAUUUUCUCGAAUGUAACAGCAGACAUGCUACACUUGAAGGAUUCAUUAGAAUCUAGUGUCACAGAAAAUAUUCUUGUUAGAGGGUAUGAAGGAAAUGCUGGUAAGAGCGAAAAAGGAAUCAAAAAAUUAGGAAUACGAUUGUCGAAAUAUGUAACUCAUUUGAUUGAAGACUUGAAUGAUUCAGGAAUUCAAAUAGCUAAGAUUUCAUUUAUCGGUCAUUCACUAGGGGGUUUGGUUCAAUUAUAUGCUAUUAAGGAAAUACUAUUGACUAGAGGAGAGGAUUAUUUCAUGAAUAAAAAUAUAAAACCACAAAAUUUAAUAUGCAUGGCUAGUCCUUUGUUAGGCAUUUUAAGUGAAAUGAAUAUUUUGAUAUCAUGGUUUCUAGAUUUAGGAACAUUAGGCAAAACUGGUCGAGAUUUAACCUUGCUGAAAAAAAUUCCAAACUUUAAGCAACUUGCAAAUAAGCACGAUAUGCAUAAAAGAGAUACAUUUAAGCCACUACUAGAAAUGUUGCCAGAUGACCCCUUGCAAGAUUUUCUAAGUAAAUUUGAAAAUUUAACGCUCUACGCUAAUGCUAUAAAUGAUGGUAUAGUUCCGCUAAGAACGAGCGGCUUGUUGUAUCUUGAUUAUGAAGCAUUGGGUGAUGUCGGAAGGUUGCAGCAUGACAAGAAUAAGAAGCUAGAGAGCUAUGAUCAUGAUGAUACCCGGCUGAUUGAAACCAACACCACCAAAGAAUCUGUCGGUGAGAUCCCUGCUGAUAAAACAGAAAAAUCUGAUUCUACUAAACAAAAGAGAAACAAAAAUGAAACUUACAGGCAAUUAUUAUCAUUAAAUUUAAGUACAAAUAGACACAAUAAGCAUCUGGUUAAGAAGGGACCAAAUAGGAAGCAAAGAAAUAUAUUAAGGAUUAAUGCAAAAGGAAGUGAUUUGGUCGAUUACAACAGUGAAACUGAUGAUUCCGUUGCUGCGAGUCUAAAUAAUGAAACAUCUUUUAAAUCUGGAGUAAGAAGAGCAAACGACACCCUUCAAUCAGAAUCAGAUGAAAGGGUUGAAUUGAACUUACCGCCGAAAGCUUCUUCUCUUGAAUCUGCUUUAAGUACAAUGUUUUGUCCUACACCAUCCAGCAACUAUAUACUCAAACCGGGCUCUAGAAACCCUGUAAUUUUUCAUGACAAAUACUACCAUUUUGAAGGUUUGCCCAUCGGACCAGAACAAGAACAUGAAAGAUCUAAAUCUUCCAGAUUGGGAAAGGUUUUAUUUAAUUAUAAUGAAUGGAAACUAGAUAAGCAAGUAAAGAUUGCCAAGAAAUAUCACACUCCAAAGUUGAACUGGAGAAAGAUUUUAGUCAAUCUACCACCUGAUGCUCAUAAUAAUAUAAUUGUAAGGAGAAAGUUUUCGAAUGGAUAUGGUUGGGGGGUCAUUGAUCACUUGUGCAAAGAAUUAUUCGAUACUGACAUACAGCAUCUCGAUAACGUGGGUUCUAUCGAUCCAAAAAUGAAAGCUAAAAUCUGA